AUGUCUGCACAUAUAUUAAGCACAGCUUCUUUUACUCUACCAGACGGUCGUUUGCCUUUCUUCUUCCCUUCCUUACGGCAGGGUCUAUUGAAUCCUUCUCGUCCCAGCCUUUGUUCGCUAUGGUUCCGCGCUUUUGACAUUCUCCCUGGUUUACAGAAGCUUAAGCUUUCCUUGGGGACGGAUAUGUCACGACCAACUCCAAUCUCAGCGUCUGUCUCUAUGGUAUUACCUCUCUCUGAGGUUAUUUACUGGCCUUCUGAGGGUCCUUUAUUGCUCAAGCGCUCCUCCUACUCAAAUGUUCAGGUGCAGGAUGCUUUCAUUUUCGAUCCUCAACUGCAAUUUAUACGACGCAGACUAGCAGCAGAAGAGAAACGCGUUGUUAAACGCGGACGUAACCGUGUUGUUCGAUUGUAUCAAUUGUUAGGCUCGAACUCUGCGCGCGUAUCACUUUUCCUCUCUCGUCUAAUGUUGCCUUCUCACAUUGGCUUACAUGAUGGUACUUUGGGUCAAACCACCAUCGAUGAUACAAUUCUGCCGUUGGUUACCCCAUUAGUCAAUCAUCAGACCCAGCUAAUCCAGCCUUCUCACAUGCGAAAGCUUAUUCGUAAAGCAUCCCUUUCACAGGCUAAAGAGUCUUCAGUCACACUAGGUAAUUCAGUCAGGUUUUGGAAAUCUUUUUGGCGCAUGGAUGUCCCUUUGCCGGCUCGAAACGUUUGGUUUCGUUUGAUUCAUGGUAAGCUACCUGCCGCUUCCAAUCUACACAAGAUCAUUCCCUCUUUCUCUCCUUUCUGCCGUCUGUGUAAUCGAAGUUCGCCUUCAGAAACCAGUUGUCAUUUCUUAAUUGACUGUAGAAAAAAGUACCUCGCUUGGAAGCUCAUUUGGGCCCACUUCUUCCCUUUGUCCCCGUGGUCACGCCAUGUACUACUGCAGGCAAUCUUACAUCUUAAUUUCCCUCAACAGAAUUCAGUGCAAUCUCUUGAUUCCUCUAGCAUCUUUGGAUGCAGUUUGUUGAUGAUAUGGAAAGCACACUGGCGUUUUAUUUUUGAUUCUACGCCCUUCGUACCUACCCUGAUGCUUCAAGAAACUAUUCGGGUGGUGCAGUCGUUAGCCCCUCCAAGGACUGACAACCUCACUUCUCCAUAG